AAAUUAAUACAAGCUCUCAGAGGAGAUAGAAAAUUGUAGAAAAUUAAAUAAACAAAUUUAAAAUCUCUCCCCGUGUCUCUCCCACACAUAUGCGAUUGUGUCCAUAUUACCGUGACAUCAUUGUGUCGGUGAAACUCGUGGACACUCGUGGAGACUGGAGAGCGGUGUAGUGACCUAUCUCAACUUUUAACUUUUAUUAGAAGAAAUAGUAUAACAAUAAAUACAAAAAUUAUUAUAUAAAAAUUAUUAUCAAAAUAAAUAGACAUUUGUUUGUUAAUUGAAUUGAUUGACGUAAAUGUAAUUAUAAAAUUAAUAAAAAAGUAUUCUAACCUCUAGAAUACCCUGACAUUGUAAACAAAAAAAAAAUGUUAUAAAUUUUCAAACUAAACAUUGAUUAUUUAAACGAUAAUAAUAACUUGAAAAAAAAAAAUAAUAAAAAAUUAAUUAAUUAAGUAAAAAUGAAUUUAUCAAGACAGCUAAUUGUCAAAUGGUUAAGUCAAAAAGGAGUUGGUAUUGCAUCAGCCAGUAAUAAAUCAUUGUUACGUUAUUCAACAAAUUCAAAACCAUUUUUAACAAAAAAUUAUGUUAAAAAAGUUGAACCAUUUGGUAAAAUAUUUGUUGAUAUACCUGGUGAUGUUGAAAUAAAAACAACUGAUCCACAUAAAUAUUCUGGUGAAAAUACAUUAAUUGUCAAUGUUUAUUCUAAAAAUAAAGAAACACCUGAUGAUAUCAUCAAGGUGAACAUGUCAUCAGACACUUGUGAAAUAAAAUCUGUUCAAAGUGAUAAUAUUUUGCAAGGAAUAAAAUGUUCAAUUCAAGCACCACCACGUUAUGAUGUUGAGGUGAAAACAACUGGUGAAGGCAACGUUGAUGUAACUGGCAUGGUGUCAGAUAUUAUUAAUGUACAAACUGAAUUUGGUAAUAUUUAUGGAUCAAAAUUACAAGGACAAACAAUUAGUUUGUCAUCAAGUGAAGGUGGAUCAGUUACUUUAAAAAAUAACAUACAAGGAGAUAUUGAAAUUAACACAGCAAAAAAUGGAACAAUUGAUGCUGAAAAAUGUAUGGGAACAAAACUUGAUAUAUCAACUGAAAGUGGUAAUGUUACAAUUGGCAGUAAUUAUUGUGAAGCUGCAACAUUUACAACAGCUGAUGGAAAAUUAAAUUUGAAUAAUCUUCAUAUGGAUUCAACUGUUGACAUAAGUGGAACUGGAACAUUGAAUAUUUCAUGUUUGGAUGGAUCUCUUCGUGCAAAUAUUGGUGAAGGUGAUGCAGUCAUUCAAGUCGCCAGGAUAACUGGUAAUUCAUCUGUAACAUCAAAUGGAAAUAUAUUAUUAAAAAUACCAGAAGACAGUGAAAAUUCAAUUUCACUUCAAGCUGAUAAUUUAAAUAUUGACAAAACAAUUGAUGGACAAUAUUCAGAUGAUAAAAAAAUAUUUACAAUUGAAAAAAAUGAUUGUAAAUUUGAUGUUAAAACUGAAAAAAAUAUUCAACUUACACGUGCAAGUUGGAUGGAUGGUUUGAAUUUACAAAAACGCUCAGGAUAAUUGUUAUUAUUUUUUGUGUUUUUUUUUUUUUAAUUUCAAUUUGCCCUGACUGCAGGUAUUUUUCAUCAUACUCACGUUUUUUUUUUUUUGAUAAUAUAUUUUUAACUAGAAAUUACACUUUACCAUGGUGAACAUGGUAUUUAAUAUUUUACACAGUAAUUUUCUAUUUUAUUUUACUUGAACCUGUCAUUUAAAUUUCUAAUUAUUCACGUA